UGCAAUUUUGUCACUUCAGCAGCAAAGCCAAGAGAGGCAUGUCAGUGUCAGUGUCAGUGUCAGGGAAGGACCAUGUCCCCUGAUCCCCAGUGACCGGAGUCCCGAGCAUCCCUUCCCGGAGAGCCCCCCCAUCGCGGGGCGGCAGCAGGAAACGCACCAGCCCCCGGCGGCAGGGACACCAUGGGCAGCAAGGAGCGGUUUCACUGGCAGAGCCACAAUGUCAAGCAGAGCGGCGUGGACGACAUGGUCCUUCUCUCCAAAAUCUCCGAGGAUGCGAUCGUGGAAAACCUGAAAAAGCGCUUCAUGGACGAUUACAUUUUCACCUACAUCGGCUCCGUUCUCAUCUCAGUCAACCCCUUCAAGCAGAUGCCUUACUUCACGGACCGGGAGAUCGAGCUGUACCAAGGAGCGGCUCAGUAUGAAAAUCCGCCCCACAUCUAUGCUCUGACCGACAACAUGUACCGGAACAUGAUGAUCGACGGAGAGAACCAGUGCGUCAUUAUCAGAAAAUUGCAAAGAAGCUGCCCGGAUGUUGGGCAAGCCCAGAGACGGCCCUUUUGGGACCAGGCACCACAAGGGAAAUACUUUGAAAUCCAGUUCAGCCGGGGCGGCGAGCCGGACGGGGGGAAGAUCUCCAACUUCCUGCUGGAGAAGUCCCGGGUGGUGAACCAGAAUGAGAGCGAGAGGAAUUUCCACAUCUACUACCAGCUCCUGGAGGGGGCCUCCCAAGAGCAGCAGCAGAACCUGGGGGUCAUGAGCCCCGAUUAUUACUACUACCUGAACCAGUCUGAAACCUACAAGGUGGACGGCACCGACGACCGGAGCGACUUCCACGAGACCAUGAACGCCAUGCACGUGAUUGGCAUCUCCAGAGAGGACCAGCAGCUGGUGUUGCAGAUCGUGGCGGGAAUCCUGCAUCUGGGCAACAUCAGCUUCCGAGAACAGGGCAACUANCUGACUCUCACACCCUUCCCAGUGCUGGCCUUCCCCUCCUACCUGCUGGGGAUUGACCGGGAGCGGCUCAACGACAAGCUGACCAGCCGGAAGAUGGACAGCAAAUGGGGCGGCCGGGCGGGGGCCAUCACCAAUCCUCCUGGGAUCAUGAGUGUCCUGGACGACGUCUGUGCCACCAUGCACGCCAAGGGGGAAGGGGCCGACCAGACCCUCUUGCAGAAGCUGCAGGCCGCCCGAACACGGGGCCCACGUCCACCUGCUGCCUCUUUCCCCCAGAAUCCUCCUGGGAUCAUGAGUGUCCUGGACGACGUCUGUGCCACCAUGCACGCCAAGGGGGAAGGGGCCGACCAGACCCUCUUGCAGAAGCUGCAGGCCGCCGUGGGCACGCACGAGCACUUUAACAGCUGGAACUCGGGCUUUGUAAUACACCACUACGCAGGCAAGGUACACGGCCGGGCCGCACUGCCCAGCAUGGCACCGGGCACGCAGGAGAGCACACGGAAUGGGGAGGAAGGCACGCGGGAGAGCAGGCGGCACGGGGAGGCGGGGUCGCAGGAGAGCAGGCGGCACGGGGAGCAACAGAAACAGGCCAACGACCUGGUGAACACUCUCAUGAAGUGCACGCCGCAGUACAUCCGCUGCAUCAAGCCCAACGAGACCAAGCGCCCCAGGGACUGGGAGGAAAGCAGGGUGAAGCACCAAGUGGAGUACCUGGGGCUGAAGGAGAACAUCCGUGUGCGCCGGGCGGGCUUUGCCUAUCGGCGGCUCUUCCAGAAGUUUCUGCAAAGGUACGCCAUCCUGACCCCGGAGACCUGGCCCUGCUGGCGGGGGGAGGGGCGCCAGGGCGUGCAGCACCUGCUGCACUCGGUGAACAUGGACACCGACCAGUAUCAGAUGGGCCGGAGCAAGGUCUUUGUCAAGAACCCAGAAUCGCUCUUCCUGCUGGAGGAGAUGCGGGAGCGGAAAUUCGAUGGCUUUGCCCGAGUCAUCCAGAAGGCCUGGCGGAAGCACAUCGCCAUCCGGAAGUACGAGCAGAUGCGGGAGGAGGCUUCCCACAUCCUCUACAACUCCAAGGAGAGGAGGAAGAACAGCAUCAACCGGAAUUUCGUGGGCGACUACCUGGGCAUGGAGGACAAGCCGGAGCUGCGCCAGUUCAUGGGGAAGCGGGAGCGGGUCGACUUCGCCGACUCGGUCACCAAGUACGACCGGAGAUUCAAGCCCAUCAAGCGGGACUUCAUCCUGACCCCCAAGUUCUUCUACCUGAUUGGCCGUGAGAAGGUCAAGAAGGGCCCCGAGAAGGGGCAGAUCCGGGAGGUGCUGAAGAAGAAGGUGGAGAUCCAGGCCGUCCACAAAGUCUCGCUCAGCACGAGGCAGGACGACUUCUUCAUCCUCCACGAGGAGGACGCCGACAACUUCCUUGAGUCCAUCUUCAAGACGGAGCUGCUGAGCCUGCUGUGCAAACGCUAUGAGGAGCUGACCCAGCGCAAGCUGCAGCUCAGCUUCGGUGACACACUACAGUUCCGGGUGAAGAAGGAAGGCUGGGGGGGAGGCGGCACCCGCGGCGUCACGUUCCUCAGGGGGCAGGGGGACACGGCUGUCCUCAAGGCAGGAGGCAAGACCCUGAACGUCAGCAUCGGGGAUGGGCCCACAAAGAAAGGGAUCCCGCAGAGCAGAGGCCGCCAGAGGCAACCAGCGCCCUCCAGAAGUGCCCCACAGGCCUCUCGAGGUGAGGCGGACAGAGCCAAAGGGGGCAAACGGGGAGAGCUGGGGAGCACCAGGCCCCCCAGGAGAGGGCCCAGCAGCAGCCGCAGGGCCAAGGCGAGACCCCCCUCGGAGCAGAACUUGGAGUUCCUGAACGUGCCGGACCAGGGCGUGGCAGGCAUGCAGAGGAGGAGAAGCGUGAACCAGCGGCCCCCCCCGGCGGGACGCCCCAAGCCCCAGCCCAAGGCCACGGGCCCGCGCUGCCAGGCCCUGUAUCAGUACAUCGGGCAGGACGUGGACGAGCUCAGCUUCAACGUGGGCGACGUCAUAGACAUCCUGCUGGAAGAUCCCUCGGGGUGGUGGAAAGGUCGGCUUCAUGGCAAAGAAGGGCUCUUCCCUGGGAAUUAUGUGAAGAAGAUCUGAGCGAGCCUCCGUCUGGAGGCUGCUCUGCAAAGCGGGACGGAGAUCGGCAGAAACCUGUCCCCCGCCCAGUGUGCACUGUCCCCCUUGCCGAGUGGGAGGGACAGCUGCGGGCCAGAUGUGAAGCAGAUGGACAGCCCUUCAACAGCCAAGCAUGAUGCAAAACCAAUGGCACUAGCAUUGUUUGGACUCGCAGACACAGGCGUUGUCAGUUACACUUGUAUGUAAAGGGGGGUGGGGGUAGAGUCAAUUCCUAUGGCUGCUGGGCAGCUGUUGUGCUCUUCUGCUGAUGUUGGCGUUUUACCGAGUGCUUCCUUUCCGGGAUGAUUCCCCUUUAGAUUUCCUUUCCCUUGCUGUGUGAUGCUGCCCGGUUUGCUGCUGUGCUGUUGUCCUUGACCUGGGGCAAUGUUGUGUUGUGUUGUCAGCAGAAGUCACCUGCACCGAUUUCUGCCGCACGUUGAGAUUGUAAGCUCUUUGGAGCAGGGUCUGGCUCUUUGUUACACGUUCGUACAGCUCCUAGCGCAGCAGGACAGGAAGAGCAUAAGCAGUAAGAAUAACGUGGCGCCCGUUUCCCGCAGUGGUGACUCGGCACACCGCACGCAGAUGGUGUUGCUAAUCCACAUUGAAUCCUGAACCUGGAGCUGGGGAGAAAGCAGAAAUGGAGGAGCCAGGGGGAUGCCUGGUUUCCUCAGGGCUCCCUUUGGCGAGAGGCCAGCUCUUGCCUGCAAGAUGGUAGUGCCAGCCUUAGUGCACGCCCUGGGCCCGGCCUGAGGAUGCUCUUCUCAGACGGUGCAAUUGCCUCCAAGAAGAGGCUUCCCCACAUUGUGCUGGCGGCUGUGGAGUGCGGAGACCGGCCGCUCUGGAGACAGGGCGCAGGUACAGUCCCCUUUCCGGACGUCUCCGCGGCUCAGUCUUAUGCCGAGCCGCUCGGCCAAACCGUGUGGGCCCCAUGAGGUGGCCGGAUGUGCAUUUGCCAGGGAAUUCUCACACUACCUCCGGCGCCCCACGCGCCGAGGAGAGAGAGGGGCACGGUGGGGCCACAGAACCGGGUCCCGGGUGGCUGUUAACUGGGGACUAAUCCACUGAAGUGUGGCGAGCUAGUUUGCGGAGAGCCAGCUGGGUCUGUUCAGUCUGCAGAAGAGAAGAGGGAGGGGGGAUUUGAGAGCAGCCUGCAACCUCCUGAGGGGGGGUCCAA